AGUAUAGCAGUUCUCAAUUGCCUUGAAUUGAUGGUAAAAAUUAUUUCUCUCAUCUGGGUAUUGCCGCUUCCGUUUUAUUUUUAUUUUUAUUUUUAUUCUGUUAUUGAGUGUUAUUGUGUGGUGUGGAGAGGUAUUAUUGGGAAAUUUUAAUAGAGAUCGUUGGUGGGUUUUGAAUUUGGGUAGAUGGGAAAUGUGAAUGGCAGAGAAGAUGGGGAUAGUAUUAGCCCAUCUGGAGAUCAGGAGGAGGAGGAGGAGGAGGAGGAGGAGGAGGGCGGCGGCGAUAGACUGCAGCUCGUGGCCUCACGGGAUGGAGCACACGUUAGGUAUCCGGCGCACGGCGGCUCUCCUGGGUUGAUGCGCCAGUCUGAGUCUCCUCCUCAUAGCCCUAGAGCUGCCCACUCUCCCUUGAUGUUCACCCCUCAGGUCCCAAUUGUUCCAUUGCAGAGACCUGAUGAGAUGCACAUCUCAAGCCAUUCAUGGAUGCAAGCUACUUCAGGAUAUGAAGACAUUUGCAGUGAACAAGGAAUACCGACAAUGAUAACAUGGAGCUUUGGUGGCAAGGAAGUUUUUGUGGAGGGAUCUUGGGAUAAUUGGAUGACAAGAAAGCACUUGCAGAGGUCAGGGAAAGACUUUACAAUCAUGAAAGUGCUCCCGUCAGGUGUUUAUCAGUAUCGGUUUAUUGUUGAUGGACAAUGGAGGUAUACCCCUGACAUGCCAUGGUGUAAAGAUGAUAUGGGCAAUGCUUACAACGUUUUGGACUUGCAGGAUUAUGUUCCGGAUGACCUUGAAAGCAUUUCUGGUUUUGAACCUCCUGAGUCCCCAGAAUCUAGCUAUAAUAGCUUGCAGCUUUCCUCCGAGGAUUAUGCAAAGGAGCCACCACUAGUUCCCCCGCUCCUCCAAAUGACACUACUCAAUGUGCCUUCUUCCUGCAAGGAGAUUCCAUCUUCUUUGUCGAGACCUCCUCAUGUGGUUCUAAAUCAUCUGUUCAUGCAGAAGGGGAAGAGCAGUCCUUCAGUGGUUGCUCUCGGUUCAACAUAUCGGUUUCUUGCCAAAUAUGUUACAGUGGUUCUCUACAAGUCCUUGCAGAAAUGAAAGCACUUUGUUUCUACCUGGGUUCUGAAUACUGCAAUCUCAUUUUCAUGUAAUUUCUAUAAUGAUUGGGAGGUAAAUGUUAUGUCAAUGGCUUUAGUAGACUUGGGAAAGAGUAGUUCAGCAAAUUUCAGCAUUUAUAAGUAAUCUCUUCAUGAGCUAAAUACUGUUGGUUUUUAAAACAAAUCAUAUUAAUUUGAUGAAUAUUAGCUGUUUGGAUGUUUAUGGAACAAA